UUUUUUCUGUGAUCAGCCCGUUUAAGUAUUCCAUUGCCCGAACACGUGAGAAACGCGUGAUAAGACCGUCGGGAAAAAGAAAAAGAAAGAGUGCAACUUAAAACGGGUCGGGUCUCAGACGAUGCAUACCGUAACCGUGUAUCAAUCAAAUCAGCAAGCAAAUUUUCAAGAACGGUGCGUUUCCCACUCUUUGCACGCACUCCUCAGGAAGUUCCAGAAACUCAAAAGACACUGAUCGAACAUCCCGAAGUACGGCCAAUUUGUGGUUUUAGCGGAGAAGAUUCUUCUCUACCGAUGUCGCGGUUCUGGAAGCCCGGAGCUGAAAAGCCUCGCCUUCUGGAGGAUGAAGAAGGCGGCGUUCUUUUCUUCUCGGCAUCCCCACUUUCUUCCUCUUCGUCUGGGUAUGUCUCCAUGGAAACCCUUCUUCUUCUUAGGUUAAUUUCAUGUACCUUAAUGAUUGUUCGAAUUAGUAAUUACGUAAUGAAUUAACUCAGAUAUGGACGUACGAACAUUGAGAUGCUGAGGCAGAGGUUACCUGUUUACAAGUAUAGAACCGCCAUUCUUUAUUUGGUGGAGACUCAUGCCACCACCAUUAUUGUAGGAGAAACUGGCAGUGGCAAAACCACUCAAAUUCCUCAGUUCUUGAAAGAAGCUGGUUGGGCAGACGAGGGCCGUGUUAUUGCUUGUACUCAACCGAGGAGACUUGCUGUCCAGUCAGUGGCAUCAAGGGUAGCUGAGGAGAUGGAUGUCAAACUUGGAGAGGAAGUUGGUUAUACAAUCCGAUUUGAAGAUAUCACAAAUAAUGAUUUGACAAGGAUUAAGUUUCUGACUGAUGGAGUGUUGCUACGGGAAAUGAUGGAUGAUCCUCUCCUGAGCAAGUAUAGUGUGAUAAUGGUGGAUGAAGCUCAUGAAAGAUCUCUUUCAACUGACAUCUUGCUAGGUCUUUUGAAAAAGGUACCUAUCCUGCUGGAUAACGCUCUAAACACGAUAGUUUAUUUGACUCUAUGUUUAACAAUGUUGAGCACACAGAUUCAACGGCGUCGACCGGAUUUACGUCUUAUCAUCUCAUCAGCUACUAUAGAAGCAAGAUCAAUGGCUGAUUUCUUCGUGAGCAGAACUAGAAGAAGUCAAGGGCCCGAAAAAGAAGAAAAUAUACCAGUAACAGAACCUGCCAUUCUCUCAGUUGAGGGCAGAGGAUUUAAUGUGGAAAUAUUUUAUGUGGAGGAACCUGUCUCAGAUUACCUUCAAAAGGCUGUGUCAACUGUAUUGUCAAUUCAUGAUCAGGAGCCAGGUGGAGAUAUCCUUGUUUUCCUCACUGGUCAAGAUGAUAUUGAUGCUGCAGUACAAUUGCUUACUGAGGAAUCUCAACAUGGCCGCCAGAAAGGCUUGAUGGUUUUGCCGCUUUAUUCCGGAUUAUCACGGGCAGAUCAGGAACUUGUGUUUUCUCCAACUCCCAGAGGGAAGAGAAAGGUGGUGAUAUCAACGAACAUUGCUGAGACAUCCCUAACAUUGGAGGGCAUUGUCUACGUUGUUGAUAGUGGAUUCUCAAAGCAACGGUUCUACAACCCGAUUUCAGAUAUUGAGAACCUUGUUAUUGUACCUAUAUCCAAGGCAUCUGCUCGACAAAGGGCUGGUAGGGCUGGAAGAAUUCGACCUGGGAAGUGCUACAGGCUUUAUACAGAGGAGUACUUUCUCAAGGAGAUGUCUGCUGUUGGAAUUCCAGAAAUCCAGAGAUCCAAUCUUGUUUCUGCUGUGAUUCAGCUCAAGGCUUUAGGAAUAGACAAUGUUUUGGGUUUCGAUUGGCCAGCUUCUCCAUCUUCUGAGGCAAUGAUCAGAGCUCUAGAAGUGUUAUAUUCUCUCGGCGUUCUUGAUGAUGAUGCCAAAUUGACUUCCCCUGAAGGAUUUCAAGUUGCAGAGAUUCCACUGGACCCAAUGAUCUCAAAGAUGAUUUUAGCUUCUAACCAGCUGGGUUGUUCAGAGGAAGUUAUAACAAUUGCUGCAUUUUUAUCCAUACAGUCGAUUUGGUACACUGCUAAGGGAGCUGAAAAGGAACUUGAUGAAACCAAAUUGAGAUUUGCUGCUGCUGAGGGUGACCAUGUUACCUUCUUGAAUGUUUACAAAGGAUUUCUGCAGUCCAAUAAAUCUUCAAAGUGGUGUCACAAUAACUUCAUUAACUAUCAUGCGAUGAAGAAGGCUUUGGAAGUUAGAGAACAACUUAGAAGAACUGCUCAGCGGCUUGGUAUUGCCUUGAAGUCUUGUGAUGAUGACAUGCAGGUAGUAAGGAAGGCUGUCACUGCUGGAUUUUUCGCCAAUGCCUGUCGCUUAGAAGCCUACAGCCAUAACGGGAUGUACAAGACUGUUAGAACUUCCCAAGAAGUUUAUAUCCAUCCAUCCUCUGUUUUGUUCAGGGUUAAUCCGAAGUGGGUUGUGUACAAUUCUCUUGUUUCAACCGAUCGCCAAUACAUGCGCAACGUCAUCUCUAUUGAUCCUUCUUGGCUCAGAGAGGCUGCUCCACAUUUCUACCAGUAUCAACAGCCAAAUCCCUUGGCUCGUUAACAUACCUUCUGCAGUUAAAUGGAGUUUUCACCUGUUCUGCCGGCAAGGCAACUACUUAAUUCUUAGCUGUAGAUCUUUGAAAGGUUUACGACCAAACCUUUAGAGGUUGAAGCUUGACAUUUUCGUUUAUGUGUAAUUAUGAUCCAGGAGAAUUACUCCACUACUGUGAUUACAACUCUAGUCUCCUUAUCAAAAACGGCUUGCUUAUUUACUAAAGCUCCCGCCAAAAAGAUAGGGAUGUUAGUUAAUCGGCUCUACCCGACAAACCCCCCGACCUAAAAUGAUUUCGGACGAAACGGGUCGGCUAAUCGGUUUAAUUGGAAGAAUUUCGGUUCCACCCGAUCAACCGAUUAGCUUAUACGAUUCGCGGUCGAUUAUCAGAAUUGUUUUUCAGAGCUACUCGAUUUAUCCGAAUAAUUUAUUUUAUUUUAUUUUUUAUUUACAUAUAUACAGCGAUGUUUCCCCA